AUGGAUGGUCUGCUGCUCGACACCGAGGACCUCUACACGCUCUGCAUCAACCUGAUCCUCGAAAAGUACGGGCGUCCCAAGCUGCCCUGGAGCAUCAAGGCCAAGCUGCAAGGCCGCCCCGGUCCCCAGGCCAACAAGCUGCUUCACGACUGGGCCCAGCUGCCGAUCACCCCCGAGGAGUACCACAAACAGUACUAUGAGCUCCAAGCCCAGCACUUCCCCGGCACCCAGCCCCUCCCCGGCAUCCCUACACUUCUCAGUGACCUCGCUCGCACCCGCUACUGGGACAUGGAGAAGAACAAGGAGUCCAGGGCUGGCGAGACGGCGCCCACCCCCCACCGCGUCCACAUCGCCCUCGCCACGUCGUCCCACAAGUCAAACUUUAUCUUGAAGACGUCGCACCUAACGGAGCUGUUCAGCGUCUUUGAAACCCACCGUCGCGUCCUGGGCGACGACGAGCGGAUUGCCCCCGGCCGGGGCAAGCCGCUUCCUGAUAUUUAUUUGCUUGCCCUCAAGACGAUCAAUGACUCGCUUCCCGAGGGGGAGAAGCCGAUUACCCCCGAGGAGUGUCUUGUCUUUGAGGACAGCGUUCCGGGGGUUGAGGCUGGUCGCCGGGCGGGGAUGCGGGUUAUCUGGGCGCCUCACCCGAUGCUGAAGAAGGAGUAUGAGGGGCGGGAGAAGGAGGUUCUGGCUGGACGGACGUACGAGGCGGGCGAAGUGGACACGCACCAGCUUGGGGAGGUUGAUGAUGGGUGGGCUGAGUAUAGGGGUACGCUGGUUGAUUUUCCGUAUGAGAGGUUUGGGAUUGUGGUGCCGCCUGUGGAGGUGGAGGGGGAGGGGUGGAUGCUUGAGACGGGGAGGUUGGCGGAUGGGGAGGUUGUGGAGGUUGUUGGUAGGGCUUAG